AUGGAUAUGUCAAAGCUUCCAAAGAUCCAGGAUGCGGAGCGAGAAAGCCAGUUUGGAUACGUCCAUGGAGUUUCUGGACCAGUGGUGACAGCUACAGCAAUGGCCGGAGCAGCCAUGUAUGAGCUGGUCCGUGUAGGCCAUAGCGAGUUGGUUGGAGAGAUCAUUCGUUUAGAAGGAGACAUGGCCACUAUCCAGGUCUAUGAAGAGACUUCUGGUGUGUCUGUGGGUGACCCUGUUUUACGCACAGGUAAACCUCUCUCUGUAGAGUUAGGACCAGGUGUCAUGGGCUCCAUCUUUGACGGCAUUCAGCGACCACUCAAAGACAUCAAUGACCUCACGCAGAGCAUCUACAUCCCAAGAGGAGUAAACAUUGGCGCUCUAAACAGAGAUUUAAAAUGGGAAUUUACACCUAGCCAAAGUCUUCGGGUUGGCAGUCAUGUUACAGGUGGCGACAUUUACGGCAUGGUGUUCGAGAACUCUUUAAUCAAUCAUAAACUGAUGCUUCCGCCUCGCAGCAGAGGCACCGUAACCUAUGUGGCACCGCCUGGGAAUUAUGAUGUCUCUGAUGUUGUUCUGGAGCUGGACUUCGAAGGCAUAAAGGAGAAAUUUACAAUGGUGCAGGUUUGGCCUGUGAGACAAGUACGCCCGGUCACAGAGAAAUUGCCUGCCAAUCAUCCUCUCCUCACUGGUCAGAGAGUCCUGGAUGCACUUUUCCCCUGCGUGCAGGGCGGCACCACAGCUAUACCAGGUGCCUUUGGCUGUGGAAAAACCGUUAUCUCCCAGUCACUGUCCAAAUACUCCAACAGUGAUGUCAUCAUCUAUGUCGGGUGCGGAGAGCGUGGGAAUGAAAUGUCUGAGGUGCUGCGAGAUUUCCCUGAGCUCACAAUGGAAGUUGGCGGCAAAGUUGAGAGCAUCAUGAAGAGAACGGCACUUGUUGCCAACACAUCGAAUAUGCCUGUAGCUGCCAGAGAGGCUUCAAUCUAUACAGGAAUUACACUCUCUGAAUACUUCCGAGAUAUGGGUUACAACGUGAGCAUGAUGGCCGACUCUACCUCACGAUGGGCUGAAGCUCUAAGAGAAAUCUCUGGCCGAUUGGCCGAAAUGCCCGCCGACAGCGGGUACCCGGCCUACCUUGGUGCUAGGCUCGCCUCUUUUUAUGAACGAGCGGGACGCGUGAAGUGUCUGGGGAAUCCUGAGAGAGAAGGCAGUGUCAGCAUCGUUGGAGCUGUGUCGCCGCCUGGUGGCGAUUUCUCAGACCCCGUCACGUCAGCCACAUUGGGAAUAGUUCAGGUGUUCUGGGGACUGGACAAAAAGUUGGCUCAGCGAAAACACUUCCCGUCUGUGAACUGGUUGAUUAGCUACAGCAAGUACACAAGGGCUCUAGAUGAAUACUACGAUAAACACUUCCCUGAGUUCGUACCUCUUCGUACAAAAGCAAAGGAGAUUCUCCAAGAAGAAGAGGAUUUGGCUGAGAUAGUGCAGCUUGUGGGAAAGGCUUCUCUGGCUGAGACCGACAAGAUCACUCUGGAGGUGGCAAAACUCAUUAAAGAUGACUUCCUGCAGCAGAACGGCUACACACCUUACGACAGAUUCUGCCCCUUCUACAAAACGGUCGGCAUCCUCUCAAACAUGAUCGCCUUUUACGACAUGUCACGGCACGCCGUCGAGUCGACGGCUCAAAGCGACAACAAGAUCACCUGGGCCAUGAUCAGGGAGCACCUAGGCGAGAUCCUGUACAAAAUCAGCUCGAUGAAGUUUAAGGACCCAGUCAAAGAUGGUGAAGCUAAAAUAAAAGCAGAGUACGCCCAGCUGCUAGAGGACAUGCAGAACGCGUUCCGGACCUUGGAGGAAUGA